CCGUGGAGAGAUUCCGGACUGAGAGUCUCAGCAUAGAUUCCGCCAUGGCGGAAUCUAUGGACCUGGGAAGGAUGGAUGGCUCGGUGCUUCUUUUCGGCGGUGCCUACUCGAACCUCCAGGCCCUUCAGGCGAUGCUUCGCAUCCGCGAAGAGCUGCAGAUCCCGCCGGAGAGGUGCAUUCACACGGGGGAUGUGGUGGCGUACUGCGGUCAACCCCUCGAGAGCACCGAGUUGCUGCGGAGCUCGGGGGUUUGGUGCCUCAUGGGCAACUGCGAGGAGAGCGUGGGAUUGGCCAAGGCGGACUGUGGCUGCGGAUUUCCGGAGGACAGCGCCUGCAAUACCUUCAGUCUCAACUGGUACUCUCACGUCACGGAGCAGCUAAAGGACCACCAGGAGCUGCGCGCCUGGAUGGCGGGCCUGCCCCGGCGGAUGUUCUUCCAGCUCGCAGGCCGGCGCAUGGCGGUGGUCCACGGCAGUCCGCUGGACAUCAGCGACUUCGUGUGGCCCUCGAGCAGCGACCAGGAUUUGGAGAAGCGCAUGGACGCGAUCGACUGCGACGGCGUGGUGUGCGGCCACAGCGGCAUCCCCUUCUGCCGGCUGCUGGAAGGCGACAAACGCGGACGCGGCGCCCGGCUGUGGCUCAACGCUGGGGUCAUCGGCAUGCCGGCCAACGAUGGCACAGCCCGGUCGUGGUAUGCCUUGCUGACUCCCCGGGGCAGGGACGUUGAGAUCAGCAUCCGGCCGUUUGACUACGACACUGAGAGUGCCGUGGAGUCCAUCGCGGCUCACAGCAAGCUGCUGCGAGUCUACGGCAAUGCCCUGCAGACAGGCAUAUGGCCCUCGCAUGACAUUCUGCCCAUCGAGGAGCAGAUGCAUUCGGGCGUGGCCUUGGAACCGCAGCAGCUGCUCUGGGCGAGUCAGAGGCAGAGAUCUGCUGGGUGGCUCUUAGUGGCAGCUGCCGCCACGGCGGCUGUGGCAGCCGCAGCCCUUGCGAACUUUCAGAUGGUAUUGGCCAAAGUCAACCCCAUGGCCAUUUUCACCCCGAACUCACCCCAUCCACUCUUCCUACAACAGCACAGCCCGAAGCCCGCACCCACGCCGCGGCUGUCAGCCAAAGAGCUCAGUGCCGAUGGGAUGCGGGUGCUCUUCUUGCUUUUGCUCCUGCAGGGCUGCGUGGCAACCAGCAAUGACACUUCAGAGGACGUGAACUUCACAGACGUGAACUUCACAGGCAACGAGACUGAGGAUGACACCAGCUCAACCACGUCAUCUACAGUGACCACCUCCUGGACUUCUAGCACCGGAACAACCACAUCGGAAACAUCUACGACGUCAACAGGCACAUCAUCAACCGUCACGUCAUCAACUGCUACUUCGUCAACUGCUACCUCGUCAACAGCUACUUCGUCAACUGCCACUUCUACUUCGGCCACCACUUCAAUCACCUUUACAACCUCAAAUACGACCACAACAGAAACCACAACUUCCUCUACGUACACUUUGACCCAGACCACACGUACCAUCACCUUAAGUAGUACCACCACAACGCUGACAAACACUACCACGACGACUACCGAAACACUGACCAGCACCUUCACUGGCUCGUGGUACCGAGUGCGGUUGACCAUCCUCUUGGACCUCAUCGUUGGGAACGCGUAUGCUUUGGCCGAGGACGCAAACGCGCGGCUGGCAGCUGAGCAAAUCUUGGCGGACAUGGUGAGUCUAACCGACACUGGCCAAGCUACAGUGGUUCCAGCGCAGGUGGGGUCUACCUUCGCUCAGAUCUCGUGCACUUUUCAGCCAUGGCGCCGGGAGCUGGAGGCCGCGCGGGAGGAGGCGAGGCGGCUGGCGCAGCUGCUGGGCUCCCUUGCCUUGUCUUCCGUAACGGAGCGGAUGCGGGCCGAUGUUGGCUUCAUUAGUUAUGCCUUCGACGUCACCGGCUUGGCCUUCUCCCUGGACGUGCUCUAUCCGAAUGGACAGACUGAGGUUUUUGCCUCGCUGCACUCGACCUCCAGCACCAGCUCCCCCAACCAGGAGGGUGCAGCUGGUGCCGCCACAGGCAUCACCAUGCCAUGCGCGCUUGCCGUGGUUUUCUACGCCUUCGGGCUGUAGCGACAUGUAGCGAUGCGACGCUUGGGACAUUGGGACAUCGCCAGCUUUGCCGAGCCGGGCGUCCCACUCACCGGGCGAAGUUCCGGUAAUGAGCCGCGCUCCUCCAGAUCCGUGCCAGUGAAUUCGGCUAGUCCCUCGA